CUACACGCUUUUAAUAACUGCCACGAUGACCAUAGUUUCAGGUCACCCAUUGUCCACUUGCUAGUAUUCUUCAUACCGUCACUAACUCAUCAAAAUAUUCAGCUCAUCGCGUGUAAUAGAAAAUUGAAUAAAUUAUUCCUUCGUUGAGAGCUGUGUCAAUCGUUUGCACUGGACCGAGCUACAAAAAUGUAUGGAUGAAUUAGACACAAGAAAUAAAAAUAAAACAUGCUUUAAGCAAGACUGUAUUGGAUUGUAUUUGCCGAAGCUUAAACGUAUUUAAAAAGGAACAUAGGCCUACAUUAUACUUGGAAAUUCAGUGAAACUAGCCCACGCGUCAUGUAGGUAGCGAUUGACCCAAACUACAUGUAACACCUGCCCCAUCAUCUGUGUGAACUGUGUACCGGUGCCUUGUGUGACACCAGCUCUGCUGAGUGAGGCCGACAUGGAUAGUGGGAACGAAUCCAACACCGCCUUUAAGAAUGCAGGACUCGAGGCUCCAGAUAUCGCUGUCAUCGUCAUUUUCAUCAUCUUCUGUCUUCUCGUUGGAAUAUGGGCGACGUGGCGCACUCAAAGAGGGAGUGUAAGUGGCUACUUUUUGGCCGGUCGGGACAUCCUGUGGUUUGCUGUGGGUGCCUCUUUGUUCUCCAGUAAUAUCGGCAGUGGCAGCUUUGUGGGCCUAGCUGGCACAGGAGCAGCCAACGGUAUAGCUGUAGCCAGCUAUGAGCUCAACGGACUGUUCUGUCUUCUGCUGUUGGGAUGGCUAUUUGUUCCCGUCUAUAUAGCCAGUGGGGUGUAUACCAUGCCUGAGUACUUGCUGAGGAGGUUCGGAGGUCAGAGAUUACAACUGUAUAUGGCGGUGCUGUCUCUGAUUUUAUACGUCUUCACGAAAAUCUCAGCGGACAUCUACGCUGGGGCUAUUUUUAUCCAGCAAGCUGUGCAGUGGGACAUGUAUUCGUCGAUUGUUAUUCUGCUGGUGGUUACUGCUGUCUACACAGUCUCAGGUGGACUACGAGCCGUGAUCUACACCGAUACAUUACAGACCGUCAUCAUGGUUAUCGGAUCUCUAGUCUUGAUGGGAAUCAGUUUCCAGAAAGUAGGCGGACUUUUAAGUCUCUAUGAGAAAUACCCAAAGGCCAUAGCUUCUACUAAUUUCCUGGGUAUCAAGGGACACAAUGAUACGACAAGUUCGUGUGGUGUCCCCACAUCUGAAGCGUUCCAUCUGUUGAGGAGAGCAGACGCUGAAGACCUGCCCUGGCCCGGGAAUGUGUUUGGAAUAACUAUCCUCAGUAGCUGGUACUUCUGUAACGAUCAGGUGCUGGUUCAAAGAACUUUGGCAGCUAAGAACAUGCAUCAUGUUAAGGGCGGAUCUAUACUGGCGGCCUACCUUAAGGUUCUGCCUCUGUUUACAACGGUGUUUCCUGGGAUGAUUAGUAGAGUCUUAUUCCCCGAUGAAGUCGCCUGCACUGACCCCGACGUGUGCGAAAAGGUGUGCAGCAACAGAGCAGGCUGCACCAACAUCGCCUACCCCAAGCUGGUCAUUGAGCUGCUGCCCACUGGUCUGAAAGGGUUAAUGUUGGCCUCUAUGAUCGCCGCUCUGAUGUCAUCACUGACCUCCAACUUCAACAGCGCCGCCACCAUCUUCACCAUCGACAUCUGGAAACGGUUCCGUGCUAAAGCUAGCGAGGCUGAGAUGCUGGUUAUUGGCAGAAUCUUCAUCGUUAUACUGAUGGGGGUGAGUGUCCUGUGGAUUCCAGUGUUACAAGCGUCCCAGGGAGGACAACUCUUCAACUAUAUCCAGACAGUCACCGGAUACUUCGCUCCCCCUAUAUUAGCUCUCUUUCUUUUAGCAGUAUUAUGGGAGAGAACUAAUGAACAGGGCGCCUUCUGGGGUUUGAUGGUGGGGUUGGUGGUGGGUGUAAUCCGGAUGGGGCUUGACUUUGGGUACGGCAGCCCGGGGUGUGGAGAGGCGGACCCCCGCCCCUCCAUCAUCGCCAAGAUUCACUUCCUCCAUUUUACCAUCAUCCUCUUUGUCAUCUGUUUCCUCGCUACCAUCAUCAUCUCCAAGAUGACCACACCCAUCGAUGCUAAACAUACUAUUCGUCUAACCUGGUGGACACGGCACAGUCAGAAGUUUCGAGAAGAUUUCCCGGAGGAAAAGAUUAGGCAGGAAAAAGUUGAGCAAAGUUUGAAGGAGAAAUUGGCUAAACCAAGGGAUGAACCAACCACGCCCGUUCCCAAAUGGCGUAAAUUCCUAUACUUACUGUGCGGGUACGAACCGCCGGUGCACGUGGAGAUGACGGAAGAGGAAGUGCAGGAGCAGAAGAAGGUUCUCACGUCUAUAGAGGAGAAGGGCUUCUGGAAACAUUUCGUCAACGUCAAUGCCAUCCUUCUCAUGGCAUUUGGCUUGUUUCUCUGGGGAUUUUUCGCUUAACUUGCGCUUUUGUUUUUAGAUGUCUAAGUAUAAACAUUGAUGCGCGAUAAAAAACGACUAGAAAUAACACUUUUUUUUCGCAAUUUUCGACAGUGCAUAAGGCAAUUAUGAGUUAUUUAUAUCUUUGAUGUACACAUACAUUCCUAUCACCAAACUCAUGCAAAAAUAGAUGUAUUAUGUUGUUAGUUGUAUUGUUAAAUCAGGUUUAUUGUUGGGAGUCUAUAUAAGGUUAGCGUUAACGUUAGCAACUUACACAUUACUUCCUAGUUUCCUACCAAUAACCUAACACCCGUAUUUUUGGAUUAUUAUCGUGAAAACAUUAUCGAACAUAAACAUUCAUUGUUAAAGUUAUAGAAAGUAUGGGCCGCAUGUAUGUCG